AUGCUGGAGCCAAGUCGCUACCAAGACCCACGCACCUGGAAGAUGACGCCCGCCAUGAUCAGGGCGCGGCGGCCGUAUAUCCGGGGGAACCUGUUCGGCCUAGUUACGCUGCUGGGCGUGGCCGGAGGCAUCUACGUGUACACGUACCGCGCGCUGCACAAGGACGACGACUUCGCGGACGUGCCGAUUCCGCCUGUGAGCGAGGAGGAGCUGCGCCAGCUGCGGCAGGAGUACGAGCUGCACAAGAAACAGCGCGCUGCGGAGCGCUAA